CUGGACUGGGAUGAUUCCGAGAAAACAAUCACAAACGAUACGUGUCUGACAAGAGAUCGUCGUUUCGGAAUUAUUACAGGCCCAAAUAUGGCUGGAAAGUCAACAUAUCUGAAACAAGCUGCCCAACUAGCAAUCAUGGCAUAGAAUGGGUCAUAACGACGAGUUGAUCAGAAAUAAGUCUGCAUUUGCAUCUGAAAUGUCAGAUGCAGCUGCAAUCGUACAGUAUGCCGAUAAAAACUCACUUGUAGUUCUUGAUGAGCUAGCACGAAGCACAUCGACUGAAGAAGGAAUCGCCAUCACCUAUGCGAUUUGUGAGAAGGUUCUAAAGUUACAUAGCUAUACCUUCCUGGCUACACAUUUUCUCGAUAUUGCAGCUCUCGCCAACUAUUCAAAUGCAAUUGACAAUUACCACUUUCUUCCACAAAUUGAUGACAAUUCGACGAAAAAGCACAAGUUGUUACGUGGAUAAUA